CAGCAUUGAGGGAACCACUGCGACUCCGCACAUCUACUCACUUCAAAUUUCGAACGGUAUGUGCUAUUAUAGACUUCACAUCUUCAUGCACUGUGGUCACUCCACGUUCUCGGAAAUGCCGGUUGGGUUUUGUAAAGCGGCGAAUGAUGUCGCGGUUGACCUUCCAGGAUCGCCUUCGAGACAGCAAAGAGAGUCUACAAUAUCAACGACAUCGACUGUGGUUUCGAGAGCAGACAGCAUGGACCCGGAGGAACGGCGAAAGGCCAGAUCCGUUGAGGUCGCGACGACGAUUCGACCAUGUGUUCACGGCCAGAUACAUCCGCUGCAGACCAGACGACUCGAACGACUAUGUGCAGUCUGCCAGCAAGAAAGAGACGAAAGACUGAAGGUUCUAGACUCCCUCAAAAGUGCAAUCCAGUUCGAACCCCGGAGAUGGCAGUUCAAGUAUCAAGGAGGAAGCACCUCAAUGCAGCAGAGGGAGCAACGUCCGGACUGGAGGGGAAAUCGUCCAUGUGGAAGGUCCCUACGACGUUAAACAGUCUGGUGACUGGCAGCUCAGGUUGGAUGAGGG